AUGGGCGGAAGACAGGCUCACGGGCGACCCCUUAUUGCAGCCCCUAAAGCUAAGGCCGGCAACAAGAAGUCCAAGGCGAGAUCACAGAAGAAUGCACUCGAUGCAUUCGGUAUCGCACAGGAGAACUUUGCGCCGAAACAGAAGCGAACGCCUCGAGCACGAGAAUUAGACGCUGAAAUCGAGCGAAAGCAUGGCCGCGAAGAAGAAGAGGACGACGAGGACGAGGAAGAGGAAAAGCCACAGAAAAAAAAGGUCAAGAGGCCUAGUCGACCAAUAGACGACGAUGCCGAUGAUGGAAGCGAUAGUGAAGGGAACGAAUGGCGACUGGGAGGUUUAAGAGAUGACGAUGAGGAUUCGGAGAUUGAGAGUGACGAUGCGUUUGGCGACAGUGAUGAAGACAAGUUUGAGGGUUACACGUUCCGAGGCAGCAAGACUACACAGCGUGAGGACGAUGACUCAGAAGACGAUUCCCAAGACGACGAGGGUGAAACGCUCGGCGCAGAUGCUAUCGACUUAGCAACAGUUCUGGACCAAUUCGAGGAGUCAGACGACGAACCCGUGCAGAAAGAUCACUCCGGAUCGUCAGAGUCUGACGACGAUGCAUCCGACGAAUCGGAAGAAGACGACGACAGUGACGAUGACGAGAGUGACGAUGAGGAAGCCAGCCCGGAGAAGCUCGAGGCUCUUCAAGGCAUGAUCAAGGGAUAUGGAGGUCAAAAGGACUAUGAAAACGACAAGCCCAAGUCAAAAGCCAAGAUCAGUCUUGCUGAUCUAGGAAUGACGGGCAUCAACGACGUCAACGUGAAGAAAUCUAUGAAGCUGAUGAGUAAAGAGGAGAAGGAGAAGCGUCCCGGUGCUUCCAAGAAGCUGGAUGUGCCUUUGGCGAGAAGACAGCAGGACCAACUUGAUCGGAGUGCGGCCUAUGAAAAGACCAACGAAACCCUGGAUCGAUGGAACGACACCGUUAAGCAAAAUCGAAGAGCUGAGCAUCUUAUGUUUCCUCUGCCUCAGAACUCAGCGACUGCCGGUCUUGAUACUACCGAGAUACAGCCUCUCAAUGUGUCAAAACCGAGCAACGAGCUCGAAUCUGCCAUCAUGUCCAUCAUGGAGCAGAGCGGUCUCACAAUGGAAAAGCCACAAAAGCCAAAGGAGAAGGACUAUGAUGAAGAGGGCAAUGAGCUCACCCGUAAGGAAGCUCUAGCACGCAAGCGUAUGGAACGUGAGCUCAACUCUCGAGAGGCCAAGCGAGCCAAGCGCAUCAAGAAGAUCAAGAGCAAGGCAUAUCACCGCGUGCACAGAAAGCAGCGAGAACGCGAUGAAAUGGCUACAAAGGAGGCUAUGGAAGAGGCUGGCGAGAUUGACUCUGAGGAGGAGCGUGAAGCGCAAGACCGCCGACGAGCGCUUGAGCGUGUUGGCCAGCGACACAAGGAGAGCAAGUGGGCCAAGAUCGGUUCCAAGACAAAGCGAGCCGUAUGGGACGAUGAUUUCCGCGCUGGUCUCACUGAGAUGGCGCGCAAGGACGAGGAGCUUCGAAGGAGAAAGGAAGGUCGUGCUGGUGGCUCUGACGAUUCGUCUGAAUCAGACAGUGACUCCGACGGGGGCGAUGCUUCUCUGCGUCGACAGCUGGCGGCUCUUGAGGAAGAGGAGGAUGAACCUCAGAAGGGUCUAAUGGGCAUGAAGUUCAUGCAAAAGGCCGAGGCCGCUAAGAAGGAGGCGAACGACGCUCUCAUCAAUCAGAUCCGACGAGAGCUUGAUGGCGAGGAGUUUGAUGGUUCUGCUGAUGAGCUGGAAGAAGUGGGCCGACGCCAAUAUGGCGCCGCAGAUGGUCAGCCGUUCAAACCUGCUCUUGAGAAGUCUACCAAGGUGUCUAAGAAGCGCAAAUCCGAGGAUGCUGAUGAUGACGAGGACGACGAUGUCAUAAUAACCACCAACGGUGCUGGUAUCAACCCUGCUAUUCCCAACAUUACAUCCCUCUCCGAACCCGCCUCUUCAGGAACCACAGGUGCAUGGUCCCGCGGCGAGACACGCCGCAAGAAGAAGGGCCAAUCUAGCACAAACAUUGGUGAUCUCGACCUCACAUCCAACGUCCUUGUGGCCUCCAAGCCUAGCAAGUCCAAAUCCAAGUCAAAAACACAAACUGCUGAGGAUGCUUCAGAUGUCGAAUCCGAGACAGACCUGCAUCUACCUAUGGCGAUUCGUGAUCAAGAAAUGGUUGCUCGUGCCUUUGCCGGUGAGGACGUGGUCGGUGCCUUUGAAGCUGAAAAGACAGCUAUCGCUGAGGAUGAGGAUGACAAGGUCGUCGAUAACACAAUUCCCGGUUGGGGAUCAUGGGUAGGUGACGGCGUGAGCGCAAAGGAGAAGAAGCGUCACCAGGGCCGUUUCUUAACAAAGGUUGAUGGUAUCAAGAAGAAGGAUCGUAAAGAUGCCAAGCUGGACAAGGUCAUUAUCAACGAGAAGCGCAUCAAGAAGAACGACCGUUAUCUCGCAUCUCAGCUCCCUCACCCCUUCGAGUCCCGUCAGCAGUACGAGCGCUCGCUGCGCCUACCUGUUGGACCAGAGUGGCAGACAAAGGAGACUUUCCAAGACAGCACCAAGCCUCGUGUGCUUAUGAAACAGGGCAUUAUUGCGCCCAUGUCCAAACCUACUAUUUAG